AUUCGCAUUUCCAGACCAAAGCACCUAUUAUUCGUAGUAUUUCGUUUUUGAUACGCGUGCCGAAAGGUUGUGCUUAAAUCAGCUAAUCACAGCGACUAACGAGCGACCCACGCCGAUACCGGAAAUCAAUUACUUCAACUACAAAAUACAGGCAACAACUAAAAUGCCCCAGCUACAGAAGCCCGCUCCCGAAUUCUCCGGCACCGCCGUCGUCAAUGGCGUCUUCAAGGACAUCAAGCUCAGCGACUACAAGGGCAAGUACCUGGUCCUGUUCUUCUAUCCCCUGGACUUCACCUUUGUGUGCCCCACGGAGAUCAUUGCCUUCUCGGAGGCUGCCGCCGAGUUCCGCAAGAUUAACUGCGAGGUGAUCGGCUGCUCCACCGACAGCCAGUUCACCCAUCUGGCCUGGAUCAACACGCCCCGCAAGCAGGGCGGUCUGGGCAGCAUGGACAUCCCCCUGCUGGCCGACAAGUCGAUGAAGGUGGCCCGCGACUACGGUGUCCUCGACGAGGAGACCGGCAUCCCAUUCCGCGGCCUGUUCAUCAUCGAUGACAAGCAGAACCUGCGCCAGAUCACCGUCAAUGAUCUGCCCGUGGGACGCAGCGUCGAGGAGACCAUCCGCCUGGUGCAGGCCUUCCAGUACACCGACAAGUACGGUGAGGUGUGCCCCGCCAACUGGAAGCCCGGCCAGAAGACCAUGGUGGCCGAUCCCACCAAGUCCAAGGAAUACUUUGCCACCACCGCCUAAGGCGGAACCAGCCGAAGGUAGAUGGUGGGAGGAGGGACUGCUCCUGGCGAGCAGGAGCGGAUUCGAAUCGCAUCGCAUAAUUCUAUACUAUAUAUCGUAUACCCUUACACAUUAACCCUAGGAAGUAGAUGAGAGCAACUGUGAAAACACAUCCAUGUAAUCAGCAGCUAAGCAGAAAGUGAUUUAUUUUUUUUUUGUGCUUUUUGUAGUUCACCCAAAAGUAAAAAAAAAAAAUAAAAA